AUGGCACUACCAAGGGAGUCGACAUUUUUGCCGACAAUUAAAUGUUCCUUAUGUGGAAAUCCGGUGGAAAUUUCCAAAAUGGGGGAUCACCUUUGCCCUGGUCCAACAGCAGAGUUGUCACCACCUCCGGAAGCAGAUGAAGAAUUUGAGAGUCGGUUUGAUAACAAGCCGACACACCGCAAAUAUGGUCACACACCACCUCCAGUCGAUACAGGUGUCAUGGGGCAAGCGUACAUGCACAGAGGCCAAUUGACUCCUGUGAGCCAGCCGAGUGACUCACGGAACACAUCUCCAAAGUACAUUGACAGGCGCGCAAGUCCUCGCAGAACGGAUGACCCUUUCAGCGCUCGGCAGGACAUGACCGAUGGUUGGCAGACACCGCUGUCAGCUACUCAACCGGGGCGACCCGGGGGUUAUGGCGGAUUUGAUGAACCAAAUAAAGAAAUAUCUGACAGACCAUUAGGGGGAGGGGUUUUAGAACGAGUGAAUACUGCAGUUCCGGGUCCAUUCGACCCGCUGAGACGGCCAUCAACCGCUAAGAAUUCAUAUCCUCAACGAAAAGACUCUCUCGAAAAAUGGAUUCCUCCCCCAGACGAGCCUGUACUGCCCAAACCGCCUCGAAAGAAUGGAUAUGAAGGGUUUGGAGCGCCAAAGACCAGUUUAAAUGCUCCGGCAGCUCUCGGUCGGUCUGAAACCUUUCCUAAGCCGUCGCCAACAACCGACCAUUUUCAGGCACAGUGGUCUCCGCCAGUCCCAGGAUCUCGCCCAGAGCGCUCACGAACUGCGGCUGGUUACGGUCAUGAUCGUAAGAAAUCAUUGGGUCCAGAUGUAUCACGAAGACCUCCGCCUCGGACUAGCUUGGUCCCCGAACACAAACUUAGGAACUCAGGCUCCGUUGACCUGGCCGCAGAGUUUGGAAUUGGAAACCCAUACCACACACCAACUGAGUCUACUGUAUCUGGAUAUUCAGACUUUAGCGUGGAGAGUGGAACUACAGCACCUACCAGUCCUGGUUAUUCACCAACCUAUCAAGAGGACCGAAGCAGGGGAAGCGAUGAAACGAACUGGAUGGAAAAAACCUCGAAGUCCAAAGGCUUGCGUAUCGAUCCGUCGGCUGCCGCUACCCAACGAUUUGCUCCGCAAAUGGUCGAAACGCCUCGCGGUAUUUCCCCGAGAGACGAGCAAUUUGAUGUUGCAUUUUCAGGUAGCCAGCGUGGACCGCCUUCCAGAGGAGCGUAUGGCUCCCCUCCGCGUCAGAAUGGUGGUUACAUGCGAGCAGAUCCCAGAAGCGACUUUGGGCGGAUGGGGUCAGCGUCCCCUAGCCGACAAAAUCCUCGAGAGCGCCAGGGAUCGCGUGAUCCAAUGUCCGUGCCUUCACGAGGAGACUGUAAAGCCUGUGGAAUAGCUAUCAGAGGAAAGAGUAUUUCUUCAGCGGACGGCAGACUGACCGGCAAGUACCACAAGGCUUGCUUUGUUUGCACUACUUGCUCUGAGCCUUUCUCGUCUUCCGUCUUCUAUGUGCUUGAUGACAAACCCUACUGUAACCAGCAUUAUCACAAGCUAAAUGGCAGUCUCUGUGGUAGCUGUGGACGUGGCAUCGAGGGACAAUAUGCCGAGGACGAAAUGAGAGUCAAAUAUCACGUCGGCUGCUUCCGAUGCUUGGACUGUGGCGUGUCUCUGUCAGACGGUUACUUCGAAGUUGACGGAUACUCGUACUGUGAGCGAGAUGCCUGGAAGCGCGUUCAACCUCCGCCACCUCCACCGCAGCCAGAGCCAGAAACAUAUCGAACUGGACCACCCCGUGGUGCUUUCGGUGCUCGAAACCCCCAAGGUCUUCCUGCUCGCCCAACACCUCGUUUCGGACAAGGUGGACGACCCCAUCCGCCGCCACCGAACGGUGUUCCCAACGGGGGACGCCUCGGCGUCGGUGUAGACCAAAGGCUCAGAAUGAACAAGCGCAUGACACGCUUGGGAAACAUGAAUUAG